GUAAGUUUUUUUUAGUUUCUUUUAACCAUGGCUAUCACAAAAUCACAUUUUAUUUUCAUUUUUGUUCUCUUUGGUGUAGCUACCUUGGAUUUUACAGGUGCUCAAACUGGAGUUUGUUAUGGAAGGCUAGGGACUGGAUUACCAUCUCCAGCAGAUGUUGUGUCACUAUGCAACCGAAACAACAUUCGGAGAAUGAGAAUCUACGAACCUCAUCAGCCGACUCUCCAAGCGCUCCGAGGAUCCAAUAUUGAGGUCAUGCUAGGUGUCCCGAACACAGAUCUUGAAUACGUCGCUGCUAGUCAAGCCAAUGCAAAUACUUGGAUCCAAAAUAAUGUCAAGAACUAUGGUAAUGUCAAGUUCAGGUAUAUAGCAGUUGGUAAUGAAGUUAGUCCCUUCAAUGAAAACGCCAAGUACGUACCGAUCCUUCUCAAUGCUAUAACGAACAUUCAGUCUGCGAUUUCUGGGGCCGGUCUCGGAAACCAGAUCAAAGUUUCCACAGCUAUUGAAACCGGGCUUACGACAGACACUUCACCUCCAUCGAAAGGAAGAUUCAAAGAUGAUGCUCGACGAUUCAUUGAACCUAUUGUUACCUUCCUUGUGACUAAUCGCGCACCUUUGCUUGUCAACCUUUAUCCUUACUUUGCAGUACAUGACAAUCCAGAAAUCAAACUUGAGUAUGCGCUUUUCACCUCACCUGACGUUGUUGUCAAUGAUAACGGAAGAGGAUACAAGAACCUUUUCGAUGCCAUCUUAGAUGCCACAUAUUCGGCAGUUGAAAAAGCAGGUGGCUCGUCAUUGCAGAUAGUUGUAUCGGAGAGUGGUUGGCCAUCAUCUGGAGCAGGUCAGUUAACGUCCAUUGACAAUGCUAGGACUUACAACAACAACUUGAUUAAGCACGUGAAGGGAGGGAGUCCUAAAAGACCUUCCGGUCCAAUAGAGACCUACAUUUUUGAUCUAUUCAACGAAGAUCAGAAGAACCCUGAAAUCGAGAAGCAUUUUGGACUAUUUUUAGCAAACAUGCAACCAAAGUAUCAGAUCAGCUUUAACUAGUUAAAACGAUGAGCGCAUAAAAAAGAAUAAAGGACUUUCCUAUGUAUGUAUGUAAGUUUGAAUAACAAUUUCAUCUUCAACUGAAAGUAGCCUAUUGGCAUUGUGUACUUACGAGUUACAGUAAUGAAACACCUAUCUUCGCACUA